GGGGGCAUUAAAGGUGUCAUAUGGACUGACGUACUACAAAGUCUUAUUAUGAUUAGUUCCAUUGCUUUUGUAGUUAUAAAGGGUACCAUGAAUUUGGGUGGUUUAGGUGUUGUAUAUGAGAGAAAUUUGGCAUCUGAUCGUUUAGUUGCACCAGAAAUGACAUUCGACCCCACUGUGCGUAUGAGUGUCCUCUCAGUUUUUGUUGGUGGCACUUUGUUUAAAUUACAGGGAAUUUGUAUAAGUCAGCCAGCAGUGCAACGUUUUUUAUCGCUGCCUAAUUUGAAGGCAGUUAAGAAAACCUUAAUUAGCUGUACUAUAGGUCUUAUAGGGCUCAUAGCGCUAUGUAUUUAUGCGGGUCUACUAACUUAUGCUGCGUAUUAUGAUUGCGAUCCAAUAACUACAAAGCUGGCGCGUGCUAAGGAUCAAGUUGUUCCAUUAUUUGUGAUGCAAAAUGUUGGCAUGUAUCCAGGCGUUACCGGACUUUUUGUAUCAGGUGUUUUUAGUGCAGCUUUAAGUUCACUAUCAACUUCAUUAAAUUCCAUAGCUGGUGUGGUGUUAAAAGAUUUUGUGGAACCGUUUCGUACGCAACCCUUAACUGAAAGACAGACAGCUAUACUGUUGCGUGUCGUUGUGAUGUGUUUUGGGCUACUAUCACUGGCAAUGGUAAGUGUGGUGGAAAAAUUAGGUAUGGUUAUGCAGUUAUCAGCCACAGUAGGCUCAAUGUCAGCUGGGCCCUUGUUAGGCAUAUUUACAGUAGGCAUGCUGUUGCCUUUUGUUAAUACCAAAAGUGUGCUUACUGGUUGUUUAGUAGCAGUUAGUAUCACUGGCUAUAUAGUUGUACGGGCACAAGUCGCUUUUGCAGCCGGAGAGGUUAUAUUCCCUACGAAACCAGUAUCUGUGGAUGGUUGUACUUAUGAGUUCGAUAGAAAUCUAUUAUUAAAUGCUAAUCUAAAUGGCACCACUCCUAAGAAACUUGACAGUCUGCAUAAUGUAUCCUUUUUAUGGUAUACUACAAUUGGCUCCACAUUAACCAUUCUUAUUUCAUUAAUAGCAACACUAUUUUUUGGAUCACAAGACACUAGUCAGGUGGAUCCUAUUUUAGUAGUUCCAUUUGUACGUAAGUUCAUGAAACCUUCAAAAUAUACGAGUAUGACUGCUGGUGGUAUUUGUAAAAAAGAUAAAUACAUGAAUAUGGAUUUGAAAGAAAUAAAAACGAAAUUGGCACAGAGCACAGAUUGAGCGUACAACAAACCUGCAAACUGUAUUGUCAGGAUAUUUUGUAUAUAUAAAGUUGAAAUACUUUAAAGUUGUAUGACACACAUCAGUGUAAUAUGUUAAAUUUACAAUUAAAAAGGCUUAAAAGAUAAUA